GUUCAUAUAUGACCUUGUAUUAGAGAUUUGACCUUUGGCUGGCCUUUGAAUGUUCAGAAACGAAUAUAGGGCCUCCGUAAGAUUGCUUGCAAUCUUAGAUCGUUAGAUCUCUAGUUAUGAAUAAUCAACUGAAGGACUCAUGGAACAUCUUUGAACAUAUACAUCUUAUGCCAUCACUGAUACAUUUAGACCUAUCAGCAAACAAUAUGACUUCACUUGGACCAAUUCCACGAGUAUUGGCAGAUACUCCAGCUGUGCUAGCUUGUGUGAAUAUAAGUUACAAUCGUAUCACAAGUAUUCCAGAAAACCAAUUCUAUCUAUCGACGUCGUUGAAAAGUAUUGACCUCUCCGCCAACAGAAUGAAAACGAUAAAUCAACCAAAGUUUAGGAACAAACCUGAAUAUUUUGUCAAAUAUAUUGAUGGUGAUAACGAAAAUAUAUCAGCAAGCAAUAUCACUUUGCCUGAACCGAAUCCACUGGUAUUGGAACAUAGCCCGUAUUUGCAAGAUCGUGUAAAUAUAAGUUACGAUCGUCUCACCAGUAUCCCAGAAAGCCAAUUCUCUCAAUCGGAAAAGUGGCAAGUUCUUGAUCAGUCUGUCAACAAAAUAAAAACAGUAAAUCGACAAAUGUUAAGGAUAAAACCUAAAGAUCUUGUAGAGUACAUUGUUGGUAAACAAAAUCCGUUUGUGUGUGAUUGUUUAAUGCGAUGGGCAAGAAACUUGAUGAAUGAAUCUCGAUGCACGGUUCCGAUUCUGAAUGAGUGGACGGAAAAGAGAAUGGGAGAUGUUCCGGCUCGCCUAUAUCUUUGUCAAACAAAAAUGAAGUGCCCAGAAAAAUGUGAGUGCUUUGCUGAUAAAGUAAAAGAACCGUACGAUUGGAUACAUAUAAAAUGUUCCAAUAAAGGACUAGAGUACGUACCCUUUGGAAUUCCAAGUACAACAAACGUCCUAGAUGUAUCUCUUAAUAUCAUAGAACAAUUGGAUUCAGCAACAUUUCAUAAUGCUAGUUUUCCUGUAUUGCAGAUUUUGGACUUGACUAGCUGUCAAAUUAGAGCACUUAUUGGAAAUGACAUUUUUAAUGGAUUUGAUCAGUUAACGAUAUUGAACUUAAACAAUAAUUACAUAGUACAGCUUAAUGGGGAACCCUUUAAAACUCUGUUUUGGUUGAAUGAACUUCACAUUGCUAAUAACUCCAUCAAAACAAUCCAAGACAAAGUAUUUUCUCCACUUAAAUUAUUGUCUUUCCUUGAUCUUGAAGGCAAUCAGCUACAAAGUGUAAACCUUACUAUUUUUGAACCACUAGGUCUGAUGCUGAUAAAUGGAAAGCCGCUAUCUUGGAUAUCUAUAUCGGUAAAUGGGGUCGGCCCUAUAAAUGCUCGAGAGCACUGGGAAUCAAAAUGGUCCAUUUUGCUAUCUAAUAAUCCAUGGGAUUGUUGUAGGGGGUUACCUUUAAAGAAAUGGUUAAACGCCCACCAAUCAAUUAUACCUAAUUUGGUAGACAUUCACUGUAUGAGAGGUAAUCUCACCGAGUUGGUUCCUUUAUUCGAAAUGAGUGAUUCGAACCUUACAUGCAUUCCAGAGCCACCAAUACCAUUCCAACAGACUUCGUACUUUCAAGCAAUCAUAGGAGUACUUGUUGUUGUAUCAUUCUGUCUUUCGGGUCUAUUGAUUUUUAGACGAUUUAAAUCACAUAUAAAAUUGAAGCUCUUUGUCCUGUUUGGUUGGAGAUUUGACAAGAUAGACGACAGUAAUAAACAAUAUGACGCAUUGUUGUCAUACAGUGGACUCAAUGGUGAAUGGAUGCGUGAUGAAUUGUUGAUACAACUUGAAGAAGCUGGGUACAAACUCUGUCUACACGAACGUGACUUCAGAGCUGGGGAACCUAUCAUGGACAACAUAAACAAUGCCAUAGACAACAGCAAAAGGACAAUUAUAGUUCUGUCGAAUGAGUUUCUAGAAAGCGGAUACGCUAUAUAUGAGUUUAUAAGGUCACAUGAUGAUCGGGCCAGGGGUGAACGCGAUCCCGUCAUCUUAGUGCUAUAUGAUUCGUUGGAUAAUUUAGACGAAGAUGCCUUGGCAAAACAUCCAACGUUGAACACGUAUAUAUCUACAAGAACAUAUCUUGUGAGAAAUAAUAAAUACUUCUGGGAGAGCAUUAUUCUUGCAAUGCCCCGGCGACAAAGGCAACGAAUUCCAGACAAUAAUGAUGACGAUGGUUUGAUGCUGCAACAUUUCAAUUAGUUUUGUCAGAGGUUGACUUUUAUAUGAUAUACGUGUAGGGCGCGACAAUUAAGAUGAUUUCCCAACAUUUUGGUCAAAAUAGAUCA